UUUAACUGCAAGUCUUUGUGCGUUAGAGUAGAUGCCAUGUUGAAGACUCUAAGCCCAGCAAUCCAAGAAAUUUGUUUGCAGGAUUUGCAAUUACCCACAGAUCAACAAAAUACAAUCUUUCACCAGUUUUUCAAGACCCUGAUAAAGGGAGCCGCGUUGAUAAAAGAAUGCCAGGAUAUCAGCCCAUUUAACCUGCCUCUCAAUUAUAGGUAUGCAUCUCGAAUCUUCAAGCUCGAAAAGGAGAUCAAUGACUUUAUUGGGCUGAUGCCUGCCCACAUAUUGCUUCACGUAAGAAGGCUCAUGGAGGAUCUGCAAAGUGUUUACCAUGCAAAAGAUAUCCAUACACAUAGCAUGGUGAAGGAGUCAAUUUUCAAACAAGCUGCUAUGCUCACUAAUGAUCCGGACCAGAAUGCUAUGAUGCUUCAACAAAUGGAUUCAGCAAAUUUGAUUGACUGCACAGAAAUGGUGAAGGAUUCCACUUACUCUCAUAUUGAUAAUAUUCCUGGUAAAUCUCAGUUUUACGUGGGAUUGAAGAAAUCCAUGGGGGUUUUGAAGGAUAUUUUAUUCCACAGAGAGGUGUCUGUUGUUGGGGUGCACUGUAUCGGGGGCGGUGGUAAAACUACUUUGGCAUUGGCACUCUGCAAUGAUCCUGAAAUUCGAGGUUGUUGAAGAAUAAUCGAGUCAAGCGCAGCCAAUCUCGGCCUUGCAGUAAAGUCCAUUUCCUACACGACUUCGAGGAAGCUCCGGCAAAG